AUGGUUUGGGAUGCUUUCAUAGAGUCUCUUGACUUUUCCCUCAUGGAUGCAAAUGACAACCAAAGAUCCAGGACUCAAGACCAAGAAACUAAGAACCUGGCCAGAUACCUGAAUCCAUUGCGCAGGGUGAGCUUUGCGCCGCCCACAGGGGGCGCUGGUGUUUGCCCAUCCGCUGAUCCAUGCGUGGGCGUGGGCGUGGGCGUGGGCGUGGGCAAGGGCUUGGCAAGCAGCUGCGGUUCGGCGUCGCUGUCCCCUCGGGUUGCGCGGGUCGCGUUCGAGGACAUGAGCCACAAGUAUGCUGCAUUGCGUCGGGCCCAACUCCAUCUGGAUUUCAUCCAUGCUAACUCCACAACCCACAGUUUCCUUUUUGGAGCUCUGGCUGAAUUGCUGGACAAUGCCAGAGAUUCAGGGGCUGCAAGACUUGAUGUGUUUUCAGUGGAUAAUGAAAAACUGCAGGGUGGAUUCAUGUUAUGCUUCCUGGAUGAUGGAUGUGGCAUGAGCCCUGAGGAAGCUUCAGACAUCAUUUACUUUGGCACAUCCAAGAAACGGUUAUCAACCUUGAAGUUCAUUGGACAAUAUGGCAAUGGUCUUAAAAGUGGGUCCAUGAGAAUUGGAAAAGACUUUAUUCUUUUUACGAAGAAGGAAGAAACGAUGACCUGUGUGUUUUUCUCUCAGACAUUUUGUGAAGGAGAAGGUCUUAGUGAGGUUGUAGUUCCAAUGCCUUCAUGGCUGACAAGAACCAGAGAAUCUGUCACAGAUGAUCCACAAAAAUUCUCAACAGAAUUAUCUAUAAUUUAUAAAUACUCCCCAUUCAAAAAUGAAGCUGAAUUAAUGCAGCAAUUUGAUGUGAUCUAUGGAAAAUGUGGUACUUUGCUGGUUAUUUAUAACUUGAAGCUGCUGCUUAGUGGAGAACCAGAAUUGGAUGUUAAAACUGACAAAGAAGAUAUACUGAUGGCUGGGGCUGAUGAGGAUUUUCCAGAGAGAUGGUCCUUCAGAGCCUACACAUCUGUUCUGUAUUUUGACCCCUGGAUGAGAAUAUUCAUUCAAGCCAAAAGAGUUCAAACAAAACACCUAUGUUAUUGCCUCUACCAACCCAGAAAGUAUCUGUAUGUCACAUGUUCUUUUAAAGGAACACUUAAAAAUGAAGUAAAAAAGGCAGAAGAAGCAGUAAAGAUCGCUGAACUUUCAUUGAAAGAAGCACAAAUCAAAGUAAACCAGCCUGACAUAACUUCUUCGUCCUCCGCCAAGGAUAUAUUACAGAAAGCUUUGGAAGAUGUAGAAGCCAAGCGUAAGAAUCUUAAAGAGAAACAGAGAGAAUUAAAAAAAGCAAGAACGCUCUUCCUGUUCUUUGGAGUGAACAUAGAAAACCGAAGCCGAGCUGGCAUGUUCAUUUACAGUAAUAACCGUUUGAUCAAAAUGCAUGAGAAAGUGGGGCCACAGUUGAAACUGAAGUCCUUACUUGGUGCAGGUGUAGUUGGAAUUGUUAACAUACCCUUGGAGAUCAUGGAACCAUCCCACAAUAAACAAGAAUUUCUCAAUGUCCAAGAGUAUAAUCAUCUACUGAAAGUCAUGGGACAGUACUUGGUUCAGUACUGUAAGGACACUGGGCUCAGUAACAGAAAUCUAACGUCAUUUUGGAAUGAAUUUGGAUACCAACAUAGCAAGGACAUGGAGACAUCUUUAGAUUCUCUUCAGUAUCAAAGAAGACAAGCCAUGGCCAUCCCAUUCAUGGUACAGUGUGAUCUUUGCCUUAAAUGGAGAGUCUUGCCUUCCUCUAUGAAUUAUCAGGAAAAAGAAUUUCAUGACAUGUGGAUUUGUGCUAAUAAUCCUAACCUCUUGGAAAACAGUUGUCGGCAGGUAGAACGUCUGCCUUCCAUCCCCCUGGGCACCAUGAGCACAGUAUUACCAUCAAAAAAUGAGAAAGAGAAGCAACUUAGAGAGUCGGUCCUAAGGUAUCAAAAUAAACUGGCAGAACAGCAGUCACAGGUGAGCUACACUAUCAUUACGAGUAGGAUUGCUGAGUUCACUCCCACCUGCCUUACUUCAACACUUAAGGAAAAUACCAAAACUCAGAAAAUCAGACCUUCAGGUGUUGAUUUGAAGCAUGAAUCUCUUUCACCCAUUGAGCUUUCAGUCGGUCAAAGAAGCCAAAAAAGAAACACAGAACAUACAGACUCUGAUGUAGAGUAUGUUUCGGAUUAUAAAAUUAUGAAAAAGUCUGUGCAAAAGAAGAUGAAACCCCUACAGCAGAGACAUGUGGUGCCAGAAAACAUCCAACUAGCUGAGAGACCUCAGGCCUCUUCCGGGGAAAUGAAAAGGAAACAGAGUCUCAACCUCACACAGGAAUGUAAGGUGUUGAGUGAAAUUCAGACCAGCGACAGUGAUCCAGAUAUAAUCCUGGUUUUAGAUAAAAGCAGCACUGAUGUUUCAUUGAAACAAGAACAAAAGGAAGUUCCACUCAUAAACGAAGAAAAACAGGAGCUGUGCAGUGAUACUCCAGCAAUAAAAAGAAACUCUUCAUUUCCUAACCAGGAAAGCUCGUCCUUUGCGCCAAUGGAAGAUUUCAGUCCAAUUUCUGGACACGAAGCCAAAGUUUCUGUGGGUGAUGGUUGUAAAGUUGCAUCUUCACUGGUGACAUCUUCUCAAAGCACAAUUGUCAAGGAAACGGCAAGAAAACUGAUGUCUAAUUUAAGGGAGGUCCUUCUGUAUUUUUUUCCUGAGUAUCAGCUACCAUCAGUAUUUGACUGCACAUCUGCAGAAGAACUCAGAGCAAGUUCUGAGCUGGAGCAAUGCCCAGAGCAGACGAACAAAAAGCUGAAAAUAUGUUUCAACCAGAUCCAGAAUGUUUACAUGGUCCAAUAUGAAAAGAAAAUAAAAAGAAAAAUGCAGUGCAUCAUCCAUGAUGCAAAUAGAAGAGGAAUUCUUAAUGAAAUAUCUCUGGGACACUGUGAACAAAAAAGAAAAACUACUGAGGAUAAACUGAAGAAUCUUCGUGUAAAACUGGCAAUGUUGUUGCAGACACUUCAGCUGGGUGGUCCAGCAGAUGACCUGGAGCAGAUUGACGUUUAUUUAGAAGCUUUGCUGAAAGAAGAUGAUCUCCUUUCUAGACCCCUUAAACAAAGUGUUGCAGGGCAUGGUCUCCCUUUAGAGAGCAAUGGAAGGACUUCUCAAAACUAAAAGUCAGCAAAGGUAUUCCCUUUCAAAAAUGCUAAUAAGAAAAUUGGAAGAUUUUUAAAAAAUUCCUUUCUUUAUUGUUGUUGUAAAUUUUUUUAACUUCCAACUUUAAAAAAUUGUAUACUUUAGAGAUGGAGACUGAUUUGCAAUUUAUAAAUUUGCCAACCCUAUUUCCUAUUUUUUCUUGUUUCUUGGAAAUAAUUUUUAGAGUUCUCUAAUCUUCAUGCAAGCUACUAAGACAAAUGAAAAUGUCACUUAAGCUUAAAUUUUGCUUUUACUAAGAUAAUUGUAAGAGCUCGAAAACAGUGGAUUUCAAAAUCAAUAUACAAAGGACUGUAGAAUCUUGUUCUUUUGAAAUGUGUGUUGAAAGAUAUUGUACCUUUUCUCCACUGCAGCCAAUCCUCAGGAAAGCAGAAAGUAUAAAUCCUCCAAAACAUCUUUGAGUUAAAGUUUAUAUGAUUGUUUUACAAUUUAAUUAUAGUUAAAUAAUAAAUCUCUUAAGCAGAACAUAUAUAUAACAGAUGCUAAGAAUUGUAUUUUUA